GUGGGUUUCCGUUCCCGCCGGCACGCGCGCGUGGCGGGCGCGGGAGGGAGCGGGAGUGAGGGAGCGUGUGGGGGCGCGAGGCGGCGGCACCGGCACGAAGCGAGUUUCCCGCUCCGCUUCCCACCGGGAAAGCCGGGCGGGGGCAGCGCCCGCUCCCUCCCUCCCUCCGCGGCGGCGGGGGAGCGGCCCCGCCUGUGACGCGAGGGGCAGGGCCGAGCGCCCGCCGCGCCUCGGGCCUUGUAGGCCGCUGUCGGCGUGACUCGGCCGGGCCGCGCCGGCCCCCCCCGCGCUCAAGAUGUCGGCGCAGGCCCAGAUGCGCGCCAUGCUGGACCAGCUCAUGGGCACGUCCCGGGACGGUUCAAUGUAUCUUUGCCUGCCUACAUCAAUCUGCAAGGGAGUGUCAGAAAGGCCCCGCAUUCGCCGAGCCGUUUGUAAGCAUUUAAAAUCAUUCUUCUGCCAACUCUUUAUGCUACUCCCAUCAGAUGUUAAAGGGUGCAUUGCAUCCAAGAGCAAAAUCAUAAAACGAGUAUCAGGUGACACCACCCGUCAGCGAAUCAAAUUCAGUGAUGACCGAGUGUGCAAGAGCCACCUUCUCAACUGUUGCCCUCAUGAUGUGCUCUCUGGAACUAGAAUGGACCUUGGAGAAUGCCUGAAAGUGCAUGACCUGGCAUUAAGGGCAGACUAUGAAAUAGCAUCCAAAGAUCAAGAUUUCUUCUUUGAGCUUGAUGCAAUGGACCACCUGCAGUCAUUUAUUGCAGACUGCGACCGGCGGACAGAAGUGGCUAAGAAAAGACUAGCAGAAACCCAGGAAGAGAUCAGUGCUGAAGUUGCAGCUAAAGCUGAAAGAGUUCAUGAAUUGAAUGAAGAAAUUGGGAAACUGUUGGCCAAAGUAGAACAGCUUGGAGCUGAUGGGAACGUGGAAGAAUCUCAAAAAGUAAUGGAUGAAGUGGAGAAGGCUCGGGUAAAGAAAAGAGAAGCAGAAGAAGUAUACAGGAAUUCUAUGCCUGCCUCCAGCUUUCAGCAGCAGAAGCUACGGGUUUGUGAAGUGUGCUCGGCUUAUCUUGGUCUUCAUGAUAAUGACCGACGACUUGCUGAUCACUUUGGAGGAAAACUACAUUUGGGAUUUAUUGAAAUAAGAGAGAAGCUUGAGGAACUCAGGAGGAUUGUGGCUGAUAAACAGGAGAAACGAAAUCAGGAACGUCUGAAACGUAGAGAGGAGAGGGAAAGAGAAGAAAGGGAGAAACUAAGGAGGUCCAGAUCCCACAGCAAGCAUGCCAAAAGGUCCAGGUCCCGGGACCGCCGCAGACACCGCUCUCGCUCAGCCUCGCGGGAACGCAAGAGACGGACUCGAUCCAAAUCCCGUGAGAAACGGCACCGCCACAGGUCCCGCUCCGCCAGCCGCAGCCGGAGCCGCAGCCACCAUAGAAGCAGGCACAGCUCCAGGGAGAGGAGCCGAGAGCGCAGCUCCAAAAAGAGAUCCUCUAAAGAAAGAUCUUCCAGAGACAAAGAGCGUUCAAGAGAUCGUGAUCGAACAUCCCGUGACAAAGACAGAAGCUCGAGGGAGAGGUCGCCGCGGGAUUUCAAAGACAAGAAACGCUCGUACGAAAGCGCUAACGGCCGAUCGGAAGAGCCGAGGAGCUCGGAGGAGCGUGAAGCAGGGGAGAUAUAACUGGCUGUAUAUUCACCUGAUCUCUAGCUUCCUAUGGAGUUGCAUACUUUGGUUUAGUUUACAGUUGUUCAAAGGGACACCAGUGAGCAGUUCCAACACUGAUACAACUAGGGUAGAUGUACAGUAUAUAAAAGUGGUUAUAACAAAGUCAGAAUUAAACCCCAUGAAUUAAUGGUGCCUAAAGCUGGGUCCUGGACUUCCACCAAGUUGUAAAACUUUUCUGAAAGAUUUCUCUCUAUUCAGGACAACAGUUUUAUGUACCAAGACGCAGAUCUCAAUGUUUUUAAUCUCCUUUCCAAUACAAGUUAGUGAACAAAUUAUAUUGUACUACUUGCCUUGGGUGCUUUUGAACCUUUAUAAAUUCUCCAAUUCUGCUCCAGUCAAAACAGCAGCAUUGAAAGGUUGUAUUUGGGGGGAUUUUUUUUUUUGUUUGCUUUUUUGUAAGAGGGUGGGUGGAUGGAUAUUAACUUUUACUCUAAGAUUAUGUUCCCAGUGUUGGGUUUUAUUUUUGUUUGGGAUCCUAGGAGUUGAUUACAGUGGGAGCAUUUAGACAGGAAUGUGUGCUGGAGAAAGCGGAAAUGUCUUUUUACAGUGCCUACUUAGACUUGGAAAUUGAACAGCUGUUGCAUUACAUCUUUUUUAUUUCUACUUAAAUUUUGAAAUCAAAGCCAGUCCCAUAUCUGUACCAUUUGAUUGGUAUGUGUUCAAUAUAUUUGUUUUUUUCCAGAAGGACUCUUUCUGCUUUUUCUUGUGGAGUACAUCUUUAAUUGUAUUAAAACAAACAAAAGAACCAGCAACAACAAACAAAAAUUAAGAACAAAAGAAAUAAAAAAAAUUUAAAAGAAA